GAAGCAGGUUAAUAACUAGGCCCACUUGGCCUCGUCCAGAGACAGCUCAACUAAUCAGAAGGAAUGAGCAGGACAGGAUUAGUGAAAUCCAACCUCAGAUUAUUUCUCAGUCUCCUAAAGCUUGCGCCAGGUCUUCACUUCCUGCUCAGCUGUUUCAUUCUCUGUCCAGGUUAUCUAGGCUGUUGCUGCUGGUAUUCUCUAAAAACAAAAUUGUUUUUUACUCACUUGAUACUUGUCCAUUUUCUCCAGUAGCAUUAGUUCUGGGAAGAUUAGCUUGGUACUUCUCUUGAGGCUGAAGGAAACUCUUAAUUAACUUUAUAUUGCGAGGAAAAGGCACUUGCAUCGGUGGAAAGUCUACAUUCUGAACGUCUACCAAGAACGACUUGGACUAAAAUGAUGGGAAUGGGAGUUUAUCUACAUACAGAUGGAUUGAGAGUGGCUACCACAGAGGAUUUGGAUAGCUGGGAGCAAGAACGGGAGAUGUUCGACCCAAACGUUCGCCUCUUUGUGGCUCUUUUCUCGUACAACCCUGCUGUGAUGUCGCCGAACCCUGAGACGAUGGAGGAGGAGCUGUCUUUUGAACAAGGGCAGAUUAUUAAGGUUUUUGGUGAUAAAGAUGACGAUGGCUUCUACCAAGGGGAACUGGCUGGUCACUUCGGGUUUGUGCCAAGUAAUAUGGUGUCUGAGAUCCCUGUAGAAGAUGGAGAACUCAAACUUCAUCUGUUUAAACAGGGAUUCCUUCCUGAGGAGUCGCCAGAAAACUCAAGAGCACCGAGUGAGUUAUCCACUGUGCCUGAUGAUGUGGCAGUCCACAGGAUGGUGGCCCUUUUCGAUUAUGACCCCUGGGAAAGCUCCCCCAACAUGGACAUUGAGGAAGAGCUUCCUUUCCGAGCAGGAGAUAUAAUCUAUGUUUUUGGAGAUGUGGACAGUGAUGGUUUUUAUUAUGGAGAUCUUCAUGGGUAUCGUGGUCUUGUGCCCUCAAAUUUUCUUCAACCGCUGCCUUGGAACUGAUAAUAAUGAGACAUCAAAUACACCACAUAACUAUCAAGAUGUGACCUGGGAUCAAGUGAUAGAAUUUAUCAACCUGAUGACUUUUAUUCUGGCAGUAAGAUUUUACUCACCGUGUUAAGUGUCUUUUCUACAGCUAUGUAAAUGAAACAGAUGUAAGGAAAUCAUAAUAUAUCAUAUGUUUAAGAUUUACAAUACCAUAAGCAGCCCUUAGAUUUAUCUCUGAGUGCUACAGGAGAUCUUUGAAGCAGCUAGUGUAACAGCAUUAUAUACCAGUCAUUGUUCGAUUAUUUUUUUUAUACAGAGUAUUAUUUUUUUAUUAGUUAUUUAUUUUGUAUUGCUUCAGAAUAGGAUUUUGAUUGUUUUCUCUUUAUGUAUUUAAUACUAUUAAUGUAUAAAGUAAAAAUACAACCACAUAUUUUCA